CGCUCCUUCCCAAGCGCUCUGUCCCCUCGCUGAUUGAGUCCUGCAGAAGACGGACGUAGGAACGAUCCAAUGAGACUUAUGCGCUCUGGGAAGGGGGCGGGGCCCUCGGUGAGACAAAUUUGCGCGGGUUCGGAGUCGGCGCGGUCAAUCAUGGCGGCUUUCCGUGACAUGGAGGAGCUGAGCUACGGGCUACUGAGCCUAAUGGGAGCCAACCGCGCCGAGGCGCAGGAGCGGCUUCUGCUCGGGCGUCACGAGCAGAUGGUGGAGCGGCUGCUGGAGAUGCAGGACAGCGCCGACCGGCAGCUUCGGGAGACGCUGGCUGUGGAGGAGGAAGUGGCUCAGAGCCUUCUAGAACUGAAGGAAUGUACGCGCGUGGGAGGCACCGAGCUCCAGCAGCUGGAAGCCAAGUUCCAGAAGGCCAGCAAGGAGGACGCCUGUCUGCAGGCCAGGCUGUGUCAGCUCACCACAGAGCUGCAGGAGCUCAAGGAGAUGGAGGAAGAUCUCCAGCGUCAGGAGAGAGACUUGGAUGAGGACACCACGGUCACCAUCCCCUCUGCAGUGUAUGUCGCCCAGCUCUACCACCAGAUUAGUAAAAUAGAAUGGGACUACGAGGGCGAGCCCGGAAUGGUCAAGGGCAUCCACCACGGCCCCGCGGUGGCCCAGCCCAUCCACCUGGACAGUGCGCAGUUCUCGCCCAAGUUCAUCAGCGACUACCUCUGGAGCCUGGUGGACACCGCCUGGAGGCCAGAGCCCUGACACAGACCUUGCGUGGAACUGGGUUGAGGGCCAAGGAGGGCGUCACUCUAGAAUUAAAUGUCCAUAUGUCACUGA